CAAAGUUUUCCCGCCCCAAAAUUUCGGAUUAAAGGCUUUCGCCAUUGCCGAUUUGUACAUUUCACUGGGGCUGCAGGCAAUGCACCUGUGAGGUCUCAGCCAUGUCAAGAUCAGCUGCUUGCCGUGUUUGUGACACCCGCCCCGCGUUAAGCUUAAAAAAUUUCCUCUUGCAAACGGUCCGAAGUAUCUCGACGAAACUGCAGAUGGAACCCGAAAGGGUAUAUGCAACUGAUUUAACGUCCUCAGCUCUUACAUUCCCCUCAAUCCCAGAUUGGGACCAGCCUAUCACCCAGGAAGAGCUCGAUGAAAUCGACGCAGCGCUUGAACGUUCAUCGUCGUCGUCGACAAAGCGGAGUCGACCUUGUGCCGAUGACAAGGAGGUUCGAUCGAAUGGCCGCCGUUUGCCCACUACACUUGUAGGUUGUCAACUCUCUGCAACUUCUAAUCGUGACCGUCAAAUAGGGGUCUCCGAAGUUGGAAUCUGUUCGAUGCAGAGGUCAUAUUCUGUCUGUGCAUCAUCUGGCUCUAGGAGUCUACAUUCUAAACUUGCUCCUUGUCAAGGGAAUCUAAAGGUUAGAUAUCCCACAAUAAAUUUUGGUGGCGAAAUUGUAUACAGUAGAACAUUUCAUGAAGUGGAGAAAGCUACUAUGGAUCUUUUGAAGAUCCUUGAUGCUAAGAAGAAGAGCAUGGACCAAAUUACACUAGGAUUUGACAUCGAGUGGAGGCCCACAUUCCGCAGAGGAGAAGCACCAGGGAAAGCGGCAGUUUUUCAGAUAUGUGGUGAUACUAGUCGCUGUGAUGUUAUGCACAUUAUUCAUUCUGGAAUUCCUCCAAUUCUGCAGUCACUUCUUGAGGAUUCAACAACCAUAAAGGUUGGAGUUUGCAUAGCUGGUGAUGCUACUAAGGUUUUGAAGGAUUACAGUGUAUCUGUUAAAGCUUUGGAAGACUUGUCCGAUCUUGCAAAUCUGAAGCUUGGUGGAAUCCCUAAGAAGUGGAGUCUUCGUUCUCUGACUGAAAUGGUUACUUGCAAACAUCUGGAAAAACGAAAUAAAAUUAGACUUGGAAACUGGGAAUCUGAUUUUCUAACAAGGGAGCAACUCCAGUAUGCUGCCACUGAUGCCUUUGUUUCAUGGCACCUAUGUCAGAUUUUGAGGAGCUUCCCAGAUGCAUCUAACAGUCAAGAUGAGGAAGUGAAUGAUGUACAACAAUUAUGACCAUCAUCAACAGUCUUAGAGAGGAUUCUACUGGUAACCUGCAGAUGUCUCAGUUGUAAGGGUAAGCAUGUUUCUAAGCAAGUAAAACCAUAGAUAAGGAAGAGACAAAAGGUUGUCUUUAUUCUUUGCAAGUAAAUUACAUUAUUUCCAGAGUGUUAUCUUUGUCACUUACAGUGGUACCAAAUAAUUUUUGAUUUUUGAAUAUGAGAACUUCAUUAAAAUGGUUAGUCAUCUAUCACUCUUCAAUGUAAAGAGUUUAUAAAUUCAUAUUCUUUUAGGGGCCGUUUGAUACUGAA